UUAACUGGGGAGUUGUCUACCGCUGAACAACUGCUCACGCAAGAGAUUGACGCCGACGCCAACAACUAUACCUCCUAUGCUAAUCGCUCGUUCAUUAUGGCGCGAAAAAAAGACUGGGACCGCGCCCUCGAGGAUGCAAUCAAGUCUAUCAGCAUUCAGCGCUCAUUGAUAGGCUAUAUCUCCAAGGGCAUUGCCCUCUGUGGACAAGGCCGUGUCCGGGACUCAAGGGUAGCAUUUGAUGUUGCAUCCAUGUUCACGAACCAAGAUUCAGAAAACAUACAUUUGCUUCUCUUGAUCAAGGCCAUCACCCUCUUCAAUGCAGAUCAACGUGAUGAGGCGAUGCUGCUCAUCAAAGAGCUAGCUGCCGCAUGUCUGAAUUCUGAUCUUCUCACGUGUCGUGUCGUGGAAGCAUAUCUACGCGUUCAGCUCGGAACCGAGGCCUUGGAUGGCGCGCAUCACGACGAAGCUGCUGACCACUUCGCCGCUGCUGUCAACUCCAGCACGUUCCCAUCAAAAAUCAUCCAUGAUCUGUACGGGGACUUGAUUAUGCUCUUUGGCUGGGAUCUUGAGUCCCUCUGGAGGCUAUCAUACUCACCCGCAUCUCACUCAGACUUCCGGGAACAAUGUAGCGCGCUUGCUCCUCGUGAUGACCCUAUUCUUGGCGCUGAGAUCCCCGGGCAAGAUCAAGAUGGCUAUGAUGUAGAACCUGGUUUCUUCCGGAGCAUGCAUGGCCAUUCUCAAAUUUCCAGACCACGACCUCAGCAGCGCCCGGGACGCUUCAAGAAACUGCGGCUCACUGUGACAAGGCGCCCACUUCUACCUAUUGCACCUGCACCCACAUCUGCACCGCCCACCACCCUAUCACCUGCCGCUGCUCUCACCACCUUCAAAGCCCAUAUACGACACCUAUUCACCUGGAGACCCGAUCAUGCAGCACCACCCGUCGUCGAUGUUCCUUUUGCGUGGGGUCAAAAAGACCCCAAUACGCAACAACCCAAUACACAGCAACCCAAUACACAGCAACCCAAUACACAACAGCCCAACACACCACAGCGACAACAACCAGUAGCAGCGCAGAUAGACACUGGGGGACACGGAGGCGGUAAGUCGUGUUUCUGCUGCUAGCGGCUUUCUUGGAUGGCCUUGGGUAUUUCACUUUUGUCCUUAACUUGUUUGUUGCGAUAUCUAUGUUGACAUCAGAUUCGUCCCUAUUCAUACCUAAUUUGCGGGCG